AUGCCUCGCUACACGUAUUCAGUAAUCAUCUGCGUAAUAUUAAGUUACGGUCUAUUCAAUAUCGAUCGAGUUUCCAUUGGUUUAAAUUCUUUGAUAAAAUGUUUCAUCGAUCCGCAAGAGAAAAUCAUUUCAACCGAUAAAAAUGCAGAUGUAUGUGCUGAUCAUCGAUAUAAAGUGCGAUUGAUUACGCGAAAUCCAACAAUUAUUUAUAUCGAAAAUUUCCUAACUGAAAAUGAGAUAAAGCAUUUAAUUGAAUUAGCAGAACCGUUAUUUCUACAGUCAAAAGUCCAUGAUCCACAUGGAGUUCGUGUGCAGAAUAACUAUCGAACGUCAUCGACCGCGGAUCUUGAACGUGCUGAAACAUCUGUUGUUAAGUGUAUCGAACAACGAUACGCUCAAUUUCAAGGGAAUAUCAAUGUGGAAUACAUUGAACCAUUACAAGUUGUUCAAUAUACAUCUGACCAAGAGUUUAAGCCACAUUUCGAUUGGUUUUCUUCUCCGGAGGUAUUGAAAGAUCACGGACAACGCGUCACAACCUUUUUUACUUAUCUCUAUUCGAAUUGUACACAUGGCGAAACUGAGUUCGUUCAUGUCCGUUUUGACAAAGCUUUACACAAGAAAUUCUGUGAUAUUCUGACUUGUGAUAAGAAAUCUUCUCAACUGGGCCUUCGAUUUCGUCCGAUCCCGGGCAACAGCAUCUUUUGGUAUAAUGUUAACGAGCAUGGUAAAGGAGAUCCUCUAACAUUUCACGCUGGCCGACCACCGAAAGACGAUGGAUUCAAAAUAGGAUUGAAUACUUGGACACAUGAUCGUACAGUUUUUGUUAAAAAACGAGAAUAA